AUGGUCACCAGCUGGCAGGGAGCAGUGUGGAUCAUGGUCACCAGCUGGCAGGGAACCAGUGUGGAUCUGAUCACCAGCUGGCAGGGAGCAGUGUGGAUCAUGAUCACCCAGCUGGCAGGGAACACUGGCAGAGACAGUGUGGAUCAUGGUCACCAGCUGGCAGGGAGCAGUAUGGAUCAUGUGGUCACCAGCAGAAAGCAGGGCAGUGUGGAUCAUAGUAACCAGCUGGCAGAGUGUGCGAGACAUUUGCCAAAAGUUAACUUCACCACCCUGGCAGGUGCUGGUCCACCCAAGGCCAUGUUUACCUGGUGGAUAUCCUGGGUAUGGGCGUGGGUGCUUUGGUCAUCGUGGGCGUACGUGGGCGUCGGGGCCAUGUGGGCAGCAGGCAUCCAUCAACAGGAGGCGGCAGGGAGUCCUGGGGCAGCUGUAGGAGUGAAGAAAGACGUGCAACUGGGUCCCGGUAUGGGCGGGUCAGCGAUACAGAUCCACGGCAGGGAAGGGGCACAGCACUUCGCCACACAGCCCACACCGCAGACUGCUGUGGUGGGCUCCACGGCUGUGUUACCCUGCAGAGUCAUCAACAAGGUCGGUCACCUACAGUGGACUAAGGACGGGUUUGGUCUGGGUACUGAGAGAGAUCUAUUUGGCUUUACCCGCUACGCUAUGAUCGGCUCAGAUGAUGAAG